CAUAUACGACAUUGGACUUCGGACAAGCUGCGGCAUGAUCACAGGCUUCAUCAAGACCGUCAAUCACGUGAGCAAAGAUCACGCACGCGUAAACAUCCUCUUGUGGACUACAAGCGUUUCGAAUUGAUGCUCUCUGAACAAUGUCCUUCAUGUCUUGUCGCCGUGAAUCGCAGGCAUACAGGUACAUACUCUUAUCGGUCCAGUAGCUCAGCAGAUGACGACCUCUUCCUUCAAUCAAGUAUUUAUGACUCCAUCGGAAUAGAAUCAGGAUAUAUCAUGGUGAUGCGCUUCGCGCCCAUCCUGCGCCCAUUCAACUUGGACAGUACCUCAUCACUCACUGCCUUCCAACUUCCUACGUGUCGAACUGGGCAAUUAUUAGUCACUGCGUCGCUUGCCGUACUCGAGCAGAAUCUACAUACCUGCCACUUUUUGAACCCCGUGUUCCUACUAGUCUCCUUCGGCGGCGCUCGGCUGGCCAGUUUCGGCGCAUGUGUACUCAUGUAUGAUUGAGCGAGGGAAGCGCACUCUUUCUUGUGCGCUUUGAAAUGAGAUUUCUGGCAGUCCUUGUUGCAGUAUGACACGCUGUGACACCGGUUGCAUUCUUUUCCUGCCUCGGGGACUUUACCGCACUGUGCGCACUUCACUGUGGCCUCUGCAGGAGCCUGCGAGCUCGAACCAUUGUCGCCU